AUGCCUCACACGCAGCGACAGCAGGUUGGCAGUAGGGGGCAGUGCUGGUCCCGCCUGCCCCACCUCUUCCUACUUCUCUUCACCCUCAGAAGCCAGCCAAUCAGAGCAGCCAUACACAUCCCUUCCACCUACCACAUAAGUGAUCUGAAAAAGCCUCCGACGAUCACCACGCAGCCUAAGUCCGUCACUGUUUUCAGCGUUGAGGAUUUCGUGAUGACCUGUGAAGCUUCAGGCAACCCUGCACCCAUUUUUCGAUGGACAAAAGAUGGAGAGGAGUUUGAUCCAGGUGUUGAUCCAGACCUGAAGGUGACUGAGAGCGCGGGUUCAUUUGUUUUCUACACACUGAGUAAAACCAUGGAGUCCCUCAAGAACUAUCAGGCCAAAUACGUCUGUCUGGCGUCUAACGAGCUGGGGACAGCGGUCUCCAACGAGGCCAUACUCAGCAUAGAUGCUCCUCCAAUACAACAGAAAGAGAAAAAGGUUAGUUUAAAGGCGGAGGAAGGCAACAGCAUUGUCCUGAAGUGCAACCCCCCGCAGAGUGCUAUGGAUCCUAUCAUUCACUGGAUGGACUGGAAGCUGCUUCACAUCGCACUAAGUGAACGCGUCAUGCACGGAACCGAUGGAAACUUGUACUUUGCCCAUGUGACCGCUAAAGACAGCAGGAACGACUACACUUGCAACGUCCAGUAUUUGGCAACACGCACCAUUCUGGCCAAGGAGCCCAUCACUCUGACAGUCACCCCCUCCAACGCCGUAGUGCGGAGCAGGAGGCCGCACAUGAUGAGGCCAACAGGAGCCCACAGCUCGUAUCUUGCCCUCAGAGGCGAGUCUCUGGUGCUGGAGUGCCUGGUCCAAGGAUACCCGACCCCUAAAGUGAAAUGGCUGAGGAAGGACGGAGAGCUGUCAGAGUCCCGCUCCACAAUAGAGAUGUUUGACCGUCGCCUUCGCUUCACCAACAUCUCAGAGAGCGACAAUGGAGAGUACCAGUGUAUCGCUGAGAACACACAAGGGAAAAUAGUGCAUACGUACACUGUCUCUGUGGAAGCGGCACCAUAUUGGAUAAAGGAACCCAUGAGUCAGCUGUAUGCCCCGGGUGAAACUGUAAAACUGGACUGUCAGGCAGAUGGUAUUCCCACACCGACCAUCAGCUGGACAAUCAAUGGAACUCCUUUAUCAGCCAUUGACAAGGAUCCCAGACGUGUUUCAGCGGGUGGAUCGCUAACGCUUAAAGAUAUCAACUUUGGCGACACAGCCAUUUUCCAGUGCCAAGCCUCCAACAAGCACGGGACUAUUCUCACCAACACCAAUGUCUAUGUGAUUGAGCUGGACCCACAAAUCCUCACUAAAGACGGUGUUUCGUAUGAGUUUGUGGAAGGCCAGAAGGUACUGCUUGAGUGCGACACCUUUGGCUCUCCCAAACCUACAGUCUCAUGGGAAAGCGAGAGCACGUCCUCCCUGCUGUCAAAUCCCAGAGUCAACCUGCUCACCAACGGGGGGCUCGAGAUCUGGAACGUCACCCACGACGACGAGGGACUCUACUCUUGCUCUGUGGAGAAUACCAACAUGUCAGUCAACGCACAGUUGGAUAUACUCAACAGGACAGUGGUGGUGUCCCCUCCGCAGGACCUCAAAGUGCAGCCAGGUCACUCCGCCACCUUCAGCUGUAUCUCCUUGGUCGACCUCAAGCUCAGACCUCCGUUUAUUCAGUGGAGGAAGAACGAGCAGAAGAUCCAUGAGUCGCACAGUGAUGACAGAUACACGUUUGAGGGCUCAGACUUGAUCAUAUCCAAUGUCCAACAAGUUGAUGAAGGAUCGUACACCUGCCAGGUCAUCACUGAUCUCGAUAUGGCAGAAGCAAGUGGCACCCUCACCCUGUAUGAUCGCCCAGACCCUCCAACUCUCCUUCACAUUACUAAUAAAAAAGAACGGGCUAUGACUCUCAACUGGACCCCUGGAGAUGAACACAAUAGCCCUGUAAUAGAGUACAUUGUGGAGUUUGAGGACCAAGAAGAAAAGGGGGAAUGGGAGGAGCUCAAAAGAGUCGGAGGAACUAAACAUAACACCCGUCUGUCCCUCUGGCCGUACAUGUCCUAUCGAUUCAGAGUGAGCGCCGUUAACGAAGUUGGGAGAAGUGCAGCCAGUAAACCCACUGACACCUAUGAGACACAAGCAGAAGCUCCAGACACUAACCCAGAGGAAGUAAGAAGCGAGUCCGGAGACCCAGAUACUUUGGUCAUCACUUGGGAGGAAAUGGACAAACGUGAUUUCAAUGGGCCUGACUUCCAGUACAGUGUGAUGUGGAGGAGAGUGGUGGGAAGUGGUCCAAACUGGAACACUAACUACACCGCGUUUCCUCCGCUCAUUCUCCGUGACAUCGGAAACUUCUCUGCUUUCGAUAUCAAAGUGCAGGCCGUGAAUAAGGAGGGAAAGGGCCCUGACCCAAAACCUGUCAUCGGAUACUCCGGAGAGGAUGUCCCGCUGGAGGCGCCUCAGGUCGUGGGUGUUUCCCUGGUGAACAGCACAGCCAUCAGAGUGACCUGGGCUCCAGUGGACAAAAACACAGUGAGAGGACACCUGCUGGGAUACAAGAUCCAUUUGACAUGGAAGGGCUCCAGGGCUCACCAUCACAGCCGCAGGUCCAGAGAGCCAGAGACCACGUGGGUGGUGGAGACAGGAGCUAACGAGGAGAAGAAAGUGAUCAACGACCUGAAGCCAUUCUCUCACUACGACCUGGCAGCGACUGUGUUCAACAGCAAGGGAGAGGGACCUCUGUCUGAGACGCUGUCCUUUAAAACGGACGAGGGAGUCCCUGGGCCUCCAAAAUCUCUUACACUGGAGAGCCAUUCAGAAACAGAGAUCACUCUCCGCUGGACCCCGCCUGAGGAGAUGAACGGUGUACUCAUAGGAUAUCUGCUGCAGUACCAUCAGAUUGUGAAGCCCGACGACAGCCCCAUGCUGGUAGAGACCAUCGAUGACCCCACAGUGACCCACCUGACGCUGAAGAACCUGGACCGCAACAGCCACUACAGCUUCUACCUGCGGGGGCGCACCUCUGCUGGAGACGGAGAGUCCAUCAAGAAAGAUGGGGCAACCACACUGGAAGGAGCUCCUCCAGUAAAUGUCAGCGUGUCUGUUGGAGAAUCUUCAGCCAACUUCAGCUGGGUGGCCAAGAAGAGACAUCGCAGCGUCAGCUUUCAGAUCGAAUACCUCAAUAAAAAUGAUGUUUCAGAGUGGAAAAAGGUCGAAAAAGUAGAUUCUUCAUUGCCUUUUUACCAGCUCCGGGGCCUAACACCAGGCUCUCAUUACCGCAUGCGCCUCUCCUACAACAACAGCACCUUCUGGGAGGACGACCUAGACACGGAGGGGACGGCAAUGAUGGAGAGGCAGCCAAAUUUUCCAACUGAGGGGUGGUUUAUUGGCCUCGUAAGCGCCAUCGCCCUGCUGCUGCUGAUACUGCUGAUUCUGUGCUUUAUCAAGAGAAGCAAAGGAGGGAAGUAUUCAGUGAAAGAUAAAGAGGAGGGGCCGAUGGACUCUGAGGCAAGGCCCAUGAAGGAUGAGACGUUUGGAGAGUACAGCGAUCUGGAGGAGAAGCGCACAGCCAGCCAGCCCUCCUUAUGCGAGGAAAGCAAACUGUGCAGUCAGGACAACUUGGACUUCAAUGGCAGCAGCGCCAUCACCACGGAGCUCAACCUGGACGAAUCAUUGGUGAGCCAGUUUAGCCGUCCCAGCGAUGUACCGGACACCAACCUCCAAACCACCAACAACGGCCUGAACAACACCGUCACCAUUCUGGAUUAG